GUUACUAACAUCUCACCAUCAUGGAAACAAAUAAGGCUUCAGAAGCUCCCAGCAAGCGAGUCUAUGAGUUUUUUGAACCUUACUGCAAAUGGAAGACAUCAGAUGAAGGAACUGAGAUUCUUGAGAUUGAACUUAAAGGAUUCAAGAGGGAGCAGCUUAAAGUUCAAGCCAACGAAAAGGGGAUGUUGAUAGUAUCGGGAGAAAGGCCUGUGAGUGCGACUAAGUGGAUUCGUUUCCGCAAAGAAACCACACUUCCCAAAGACUGCAAUUACAAAGACAUAAGAGCUAAGUUAUCCAAAGGCUUUCUUUCCAUUUUAAUGCCCACAAAGCUUCCUACUCAUCAGCUUCUUCCACCUCCUCCGGAAAAUGACGAUGACUCAGAAGAAGCACAGAAGAAGAAGUAUAGUAUUUGGGGAGUGAAGAUUGAUAAGGGAAGGUUUUUUAAAGUCGCGGUGGUUGUCACGGCGGUGGUUUUGGUCGUCGCCAUUGCACGACUGGCUGAGGUUUAUAGACGUCCACAUGAUGCUGCAAAGGAUCACGUCCCUGUAUAGAUGUAAUGAACGUCUCAUUUUAAUAUUUCAAUUAUUUUAUUACAAAAAUAAUAAUGA